GCCUAAGCUACACUGUCCGAUGGCAAGGCCUCCUAGCCACAGCGGUGUUGUCUACCUGUAACAGAGCCCCAGAAGUAGGCACGGGAAACCCAAGAUGAUAUUUAUGGAGCGAACUUUGAUCAGGAUAUCAAUAGUAUUCUUUGUGACCAAUAUGUCGGCUGAAGGGCGGUAUUUUUAUGAUGAAUGUAUCGACCAAAUGGGUACCGAGUUCUUGUUUAUGUUCUGCGAGCAUUACAUCAAGGGUUCCAUUGUAAAAGUAUUCUGCUCCACGCCCCUAAACUCGGAGGUAUCCGUCCGCAUACAGACCCCGGUAUGGGACGCGGGUACCAUUGACAUCACUGUCACUGUCACACCCGGCUCAGUCACGGAAGUAGAUCUACCCAGAUCAUUACGCAUGACCGGAACUGGCAAAGGUAAAACGUCAAUACUCGUCACUGCUAGUGAUACAAUUACGGUGUAUGCAGCAGACACACAGGCUAAUACUGGGGACACAUUUAUGGUGUACCCUACUGACGCCCUUGGAAGCGAAUACAUAGACAUUACGUACAAUCAGACUAGUACUAGUUAUGCGAGUUCCCUCGGUAUUGUGGCACUGUAUGAUCUUACUGUUGUAGAAAUCGACCCUCCACCAGGGGGCAGUAUAUCAUACGAUGGAACAGAUUACACUGCCGGACAAAUAUUAACUGUGACAAUAAAUAAAUAUGAGCUGUUUCAGAUCCAGUCACAUGACCUUUCGGGGACACAUGUAAGGUCGUCUUUUCCGCUAUCUGUUAUAAGUGCUCACGAGUACAUCCGAAUGGGCACCUCUAAUAGCAAGGAUUUCAUGCAGACUAUGUUGCCUCCCGUCAGUUCACUAUCAACCACCUAUGUUGUCUUCGGUUUUCCUAUGUAUUCAAAGCCAGAGAUCGUCCGCAUUGUAAAUUCUAGAGAAAACACGACCAUUAUCAUAACUUUACCAUCUGUAAGUGUUUUUCUUGAAAAGAUUGGUUCUAUGUAUGACAUUGAAGUAGCUCCUGGCGUUGGCUCGGUUAUAACGGCAGACAAAGGUGUGAUCGUGGCGCUCGUGAGCCAGAGUCGGAGUAUGAGUCCUUAUGGUGACCCCCGUGUGAUUGUGGCGCUCUCUGCCGACCAGUUCUUGUCGGAGUACACAUUUCCUAUUGCCAAUCUGACAGGAAAAGUGGUGUUCACACACCGAAUUGUUAUAAUGGCCAAGACAAGUGACGUGUCUAACAUCAAACUGGAUAAUUCCUAUAUAGCUGACCUCGGACUUGUGUGGACAGAACUGAUCAACACUAACCUCUCAGUGACGUUCACCAUUUUAGACGUUGGAGUUCAUUCCCUUACUAGUGAUGACGUCACAUCCGUAUUUGGGGGAUAUCUUGCAGGGCAUGGAUCAACAGAGGAAUACGGCACGUUGACAGGUCGUUACCUAGGUAACACUAAUCAGAGCGUGUGUACGGACGGUAUUUCGUGUAAUUAUGGACGUUACAGAGGAGCGACAUUUACACAGCGUGCUUUCGGUUACACUCCCAGUUCAGAACCAUUGGUUACCUUACAAACAGACUCCGUACCAUUAUGUCAAGCAAAAUGUUUGACCAUAGAUAUAUGUGUUUAUAUGACUAUGCUAGAGGAAAAUGGCAUCUCUUUUUGCAAACUUUACGAUCCCAAAGCCUCGUGUUCACAAAUGGUGGAAAGUGAAGGAACUCGUCUGUAUAAACGCUCAGUGGCGUAAUACGACUGUUUCCAUAGCUUGAUUUGUGCAUAAUUUAUAAUAAGAGAAUAUUUGCCAAAUACGCUAAAAUAAUACCUCUUGUUGAUAUAUUGUAAAAGUGGAAAUUUUCGCGGUAUGGAAAUGUUCAUGAGUA